AUGUGCCAACUAACAGUUACUACAGACAAGAAUCAGAAUCUAAUUCAUGCCCGGAGUUCGAUUCGAGUUGCUGCUGAGCAAGGUGCAAGACUUGUUGUAUUACCUGAAAUGUGGAAUUGUCCCUGUUCAAAUGAUUACUUUGCUGAAUUUGCUGAGGAUUUUGACAAUGCGGAUGCCUCGCCAUCAUUUUGUUUGUUAUCUGAAGUCGCUUCUUGCCAUGGACUCACAGUUGUUGGUGGGUCUAUUCCUGAGAGGAAUAGAAAUCGUCUGUACAAUACUUGUUGUGUGUUUGGACCAGAUGGAAAGCUUAAGGGUAAACACAGUAAAGUACAUCUGUUUGAUAUUGACAUUCCAGGGGAUUUUGUGUUCAAGGAAUCAGAGACAUUCGCUGCAGGAGAUAAUUUCACCAUCGUUGACACAGAUAUUGGCCGUAUUGGAAUAGGGAUUUGUCAUGACAUACGCUUCCCUGAACUAGCAAUGCUAUAUCGAGAAAAAGGUGCUCACUUAAUAUGCUAUCCAGGGGCAUUCAAUAUGAGCACAGGUAAACUAUUGUGGGACCUGGUUCAAAGAGCAAGGGCAGCUGAUAAUCAGUUAUUUGUAGCUACUUGCUCACCUUCUCGAGAUUCUGAUGGUUCCUAUACGAUUUGGGGUCAUUCUACUCUUGUUGGACCGUUUGGUGAAAUAAUUGCAACUUCUGGCCAUGAGGACACAGUGGUGGUUGGUGAGAUUGACUAUUCUGAAAUUCAACUUCGAAGAGAGAGCCUCCCGCUUGAAAAACAACGGCGAGGGGACAUUUACCAGUUUAUGGCCAUCUCAGAACAUAAAGGUUUAGAAAGAUUGGUGUAG